AUGACUGAUCAGCAACAAUAUGAAGCCGAGGCGGAGUUAGCAAGCUCUCAAGGACGGCCAGUGACCGCAGCAGCGAGGAAAAUGGAGCGAGACCAGACGAGGUUUCGUUUGCCACUGCACGAGCCAGCGUCAAUAUUUUGGGAUGAGACGGAUGAUCGCUUCCUUGUUUGUCAUGCUCAACCGACUUCUCAGCAUGUGGUAGGUUACUUUGUAUAUUUUUCAAAACACAAGAUAUUCAGUGGAAUCGUUCAAUUUUCACGAACUAGAGUGGGCGUCAAAAUUUCUUCAAAUUGGCGUUGCUCUAAAUAGUU